UAGCUAUGAUCACACUUAAACUGACGGGCUGAUGCAGCCAACAGUUUUCUCUCAGAUGAUUUCAGCAUCAAACCAACAACAUGAAGAACUUUUUUCUACCCAUCCUCUUGAUUAUAACAGGUUGUGAGGUCCAGAGUAAACGGAAAGAAUCCAACAACUGGGUUAAAUCCACCUGCAAUCCUAAAACAAAUGGAAUAUAUCAAAUGCCUGAAGUAGCCAGUCACAUCCCAAAAACUUCGCAAAAGAUUCUCAAAGUAAUCAUCAAACAUGAUAAUAACAUAACAACAUCCAAGUGUAUUGAAGGAUUUAAUACUUCUUCUGGCUUAUAUAAAGUCAAACUCGGUGUUGGAAAUGACUCUCCAAAACCAAACAUUCAAACAGCAUAUAGAACAGCUAAAACUAUCAUCAAAUGUGAUCACAAGGACAAGUUCGGGAUUUGGUUUUUCUGCAAAGAAGAAGACAAUUUUACCUGUUGGGACCUGUUGGGACCUGUCAGGACCGUCUCAAAACUUAGAGGAGACGUUUGUAGUCACAGAAACAGGAAGUGGUUUCAGUCUGUCCAUCAGUAACGUGUCCUCACGUCAUGCUGGUUUGUACUGGUGUGGAGUGAAAGAAGAUAAACAAUCCUCACAGCAUUUACCUGUUACUGUUACAGAACUAAAGGUAGAAGCGAAUGUUGCAGGUGGUUCUGGGGCAGCAAAUUGUCUGAUUGUUGGAGCAGUUUUGCUGAUGCUGCUGUUGGGGACUGCGUCUAUUGUUUUCUACAAACAAUUUCCAUGUUCAAAAAACAAAGAAAACGGAGCAGCAGCAGAGCAUCCCAUAGAGGAUCAUGUCUAUGAGGAGAUACAGGAGAACUUCCAGAAAUCAGAAAAUGCAGUGACUACCAUCUACACCACCGCUAAGUUUACCACAAAUGAACCUGACUCUCUGCAUUGCUCUACUGUAAACUUUAAAAACAGCUCAGCUAAUGCAGACAUAGCUCCUCUUUCUACAAAUAUCUUACUGUGAGGUCUGGCCAGAGCCCAUCCUGUUUCACUAUAAAUUAGCCAUCUGGCCUACUGGUAGUCAUCUUCACCCAACAGCCAAGAAACCAGAGCAGAAAUGAAAAGCUUUUUACACUCAAUUAUUGGAUCUUAAUUGCUGUUUGACCAAUAAAAUCAAGUAA